CCAUCCAUAGCAAAUUGGCGAUGCCACAAGUUAACUGCUUUCUCACCAACUUUCAUGAUCAGGUAGUUGAAGCAGGUCUUUGAAUAUUCUCUCCUCGGAGUCUCCAUGAAUACCCAGAGACCCCUUGUCUGUGCAACGGCAGGUUCCUGCCAUAGCUCUAGUAGUAAGGGCCAGGCCUCGCAUGACGAGAAACCCCAAUUUAUCGGAGUCCGCGAACCUCGCAACAUUCGAAUGUUUCAUCAUCGUGACCUCGGCUACCCUCGUCGAAUCAAUAAUAAAGUUUUGCCACCAGAGUUGCUCUUAAUGAUCUUCGAGCACGUUUACGCAGAUAGUAUGCUGAACGGAGAGUGGAUUCCUUGUAGCUCGCAGUCUCAUGCCACUCAGUUCCCAUUCGCUCCCGCGGCCGUAUGUAAGACCUGGAGAGACGUUCUUGAGUUGGUGCCAAAGUUCUGGACGCGUAUCAUAAUCAACCUCGACACUACAAAGCUUUCGGAUGUCGACGAAUACCUUCAUCUCUCCCAAAAGCUCGCUUUCGAAAUCACCAUCACUCGUGACCAACAAAUCGUUGCUCAUUCUCGCACAAAUAGUGAUGACGAGGGCCCUCGGGCAGCCGCAGUCAUGGCGCGGAUUGCUCUCCAUAUACAUCGCUGCAGGUCUUUAUGUUUUCAGCUCCUCCGCAGCUCCUCUCUGCCUGCUCUUCGCCAUUUGAACCUCCGUGCACCCCUCCUUCAGCGGCUGAAGCUGCAAUGUGGGAUCGAUGAUGGCGAGCACCCCCUGGUAGGCAGUGAAGUUCCCGAGCGGUGGAACUUCUAUGCUCCAGCGCUUAGGCGCCUCUUUCUCAACGGGCGCAACUUCCGUGACGCUUGCGCCCUUCACUGGGCUGAACGACUUCCAAGCUUAGAGGAACUAUCUGUUUCGCGUUAUUCCGGUGGGAAGCACCCAACAGGAGAGUUGCACCUGCACGACGUUUUGCUCGUCGUCGACAGGCUUCAUCGUCGAUUUGGAAAUCUCCAAAUGCUGGCUCUUCAAGAUAUCUCAUUUGAUGGCAUCCUCACGCGGCAAGGUGGCUACGACAUUCAGAUUGAAUCUGUGAGCCUGCAGUCCAUCAACCUCUCGACCGCCCGUGCCAUCUUUAUGUCCAAGUCCGGACCAGCCCCACGCCUUGUGCACAUCAAGCACGAGUACGCACCCAUAUGGCAUAUUCGCUUGACUCAGGCCGACACUCUCGUACUGGAAGGUCCUUUCACGUCUAUGUCUGAGGCUAUCAGUAUCUGGGAUGGCAGUUGUCUUUCCAUUAGAAACUGUCCCAGCUUCAACGAUCGCACCAUUCCUGGUCCCGACUAGAGAUAGAAG